AUGGGGCUCUGGGAGUCGACAGAUGGCUUCUUUUCAUUCUUUGCUGAGCUGUCGGUGUCAAUAGAUCUCAAGCCCCAAAACGAUUUCCACUGGGGCCCUGUACAGCAACAAGCCUUCGCCCAGAUCAAGCAGGAGAUCGCUCAUGCAGUAGCCCUUGGCCCUGUCAGAAUAGGACCAGAGAGAAAAGAAAACCUGCUUAAUAGUUGGGGGGGGACCCCGAAGCCUUACCCAUCACAGGUGCUCAGCCCUCAAAAGCACCUCGGCUUCCUUGCAGGUCUAGCUGGCGCUGGUCCUCCCGGGCGGGCUACCUCGGCGCUGGAUCCAGUGCUCCUCGGCUUCACCACGGCUCCCGCAGCUAGUCAGGUAGACAUCCCCUCUGGGAGCGGGCACGAAAGAGUCCCGGAACCGCUCCUGCUUCGGUUCCUCUCUGGAGUUGGGAAGUCCCGUGUCACCAAUGUUCUUCACUCCCUUCCUCUUCGCGGGCUGAGAAGAGGGGCAGGGAGCCCCACGAAUGAGCACCACCAUAUUGCGGUGUGUUUGUUCUGCGGGGCUCUUUUCGCCGCUGCUGCCGGGCGGGGUGUGCUCUGCUUGGCUUCUCUAGGCGCCGGGACCGCGCUGCCCGCCCCGUGCCACAGUGGGCUGGGCCCCCAAGGGGCUGGGACCCAGGCCCACGCCGUGCCAGCUGGCGGUGGUGGCUUGUGGGGUUUCUGCGCGGUGGGGGAGGGGCCGCCCCGGGCCGCAACAGCUCGGGACAGCCGCUGUGCCAGAGACGGCACUGAAGCGGUAUUCCGCGGGGUUCUGUGCUGUGCUGGUGGUGCCGUGGUCCAUCUUUGUCUCAGGGUUGUUGGUGCUCUUGCCCCACGUUGGUGCGUCAGUAUGCCGCGGUGUGCGUUUCCCAGGACACGCACGGCAGCAUUGGGAUGCCACACAUUCCCCCCGGGGAGACUCUUCCUCCCCGCUCAGGGACUCUGAUGGUCUCAGCAGUUGCUUUUGGAGCGCAGAGAUGAAGCAGAGGCGAGACGGGUCUUGGGGUAAACUGAGGAGAUUUAUUAAAGGUACAACUGAAGAAUAAAUCCUAAAAGCUGAACCCCAAGAACCGGGAACAUGCUUCCCGCCAUGGGUUUUAUAGACAGGGCAAUACAAAGCAAACAACCAAUGAGAGUGCACUCAGGGAGGAGUCUAAGGCAGGAAUACAGAACUAAAUCCAAUGGGAAUAGCAAAAGCAGUGUAAUGAUACAAAAUAGCAAAUGAGAUAUCAAGGGAGGAAAGAUUGGCAAGGAAAGUUCUAGAAACAGAGGCAGGGAUACAGAGAACUGACACAUAACGGUAUGCAUAAUUUAAAUCAUAACACACAAUUUAAAUAGAAAGCUAGACUGAAAAGUCAAAGCAGAAAACCCACACCACAACACCACUUGACUUCAAUGUGGCCAUACUUGAUCAAUUCUGAUAACUUUCAUAGAUAUCAUCCUAAAUACAGGCUGUUCACACCAAAGAGGCAGUUUAGAUAAACUUAACCACUUCUGACCCAACAGAGCUCUGAUCCUUGCUGCCACAACAGAUGGGCUCUCAGAGGUUCAUCAGUGUAGCUGCUGUGAAAGCAGACAUAUCCAUUUAGAUCUUGCUCAUCUCCCUUUCUCACUUUCCAGUCACUCAAACUGACCAUGGAAGCUACCAGCUCCUCUAUACAACAAAUGAGAAGUCCUCAGGCUUUUUUUUUUCUCAAGAAGAAACUGUCAUUAUCUCUGCCCUUGGGGAAACUGAGGCCCUGAGGUGCAUGACUAAUGUACCCAGAAGACCAAAGUGCUGCUGGAAUCCAGUCUGUUUCUCCAGAGCCCUGGCACAGAAAGGACAUUAGGGAGCUAUGGGUACACAAGCACAGCAUAUACAGCUUCCUGGAUUUAAAUCCCUGAGAAACACAGGAGGGUGCAAUUAGGAACAGAACCAGAGCUUACUGAAGUCAGUGGAAAUCUUUCAAAUUAUUU